AUGAGUGUGACGUGCAUCAAGUUUGAGAAUGGACUACGUCUAGAGAUCAAGCAGGGUAUUGGGUAUCUUGAGAUUCACCAACUUCCUGUGCUAUUGAAUAAGUGUAGGAUUUAUGAUCAGGAUACUAGAGCCAAAUCUUCUUUUUAUAAGAGUUAUAAUGAGAAGAAAGACAAGAAACAAGAUUGUGGUAAGUCGUAUAGUACUCCUACUGACAAAGGGAAACAAAGAGUUUCUGAUGAGAAUAAGCCAAGUGGGGGAGGAGCUCUUGCUUCGACCAGGUGCUUUAAGUGUGGUGAGUUAGAUCAUCGUGCCAACGAUUAUACCAAUAAAGAGCCGAAGAAGGAUACUACUACUGCUUAUACUAAUGGUAGAGUGUUCGCUUUAAGUGGUUUAGAAGAUUCUAAGAAGGACAACUUGAUUCGAGGUACUUAUUUUAUUAACAAUGUUGAGUUGGUUGCUAUUAUUGAUACUGGUGCUACUCAGUUGUUUAUUUCGAUUAGAUGUGCUACUAUGAUGGGUUUGAAAUUGUCUUUUAUGAGUGGGAGUAUGGUGAUUGAUACUCUAGCUAAUGGUUUUAUAACUAUUGCGCUAGUCUAUUUGAGUUUCCCUUUGACCAUUUAUGGUAAGAGUUUCAUGAUGGAUUUGUUGUGUUUACCCUUGCACCAAAUUGAUGUUAUUCUUGGAAUGAACUGGUUGGAGUUCAACUAUGUUCAUAUCAAUUGCUACAGUAAGACUAUGAGGUACCCAGAGUUUGGUGACGGUGGAGAGCUGAUGUUUUUAUCUGCUAAGCAAGUAGAUGGACUUUUAGAAGAUGAAACUCAAAUGUUUGCAAUAUUUUCGGCAUUGCAUAUUGAACGUGAAGUUGUCAGUGUUGAGUUACUUGUUGUCUAUGAAUUUCCAGAGGUGUUUCGAGAUGACAUCAGUGAUUUACCUCUAGAGCGUGAGGUGGAGUUUGCUAUAUAA